GCUGUAGGAACUUUAACCCUUACCAGUCGACUUGAAAUUCUGACGAGGGACGGACGCAAUCCACCGAACAGACAUGCCUACCUACAAGUUUAAAUAUUUCAACGCCCGAGGGUUCGGCGAGGUGUCUCGCCUUCUGUUUGCCCUAGCUGGACAAGAGUACACGGACGAGCGGUUCACACAGGAAACAUGGCCAGCCGAGAAACCAAACGUUCUGCUCGGACAGAUGCCUGUUCUGGAAGUGGACGGGGCGGCAUACGGACAGAGCAGCGCCAUUGCCAGAUUCCUCGCAAGAAGAUUCAAUUUCUAUGGUUCGGGAGACAUCCAAGCCCUUGAAGUGGACCAGGUCCUGGGUGUAGUCCAGGACAUUAUAAAUGCCAUGAUCAAAGCCUUUUAUGAGAAGGAUGAAGCCAGGAAGGCGCAGUUCAUGACGGAGAACAAAGAAGAAAAGCUGCCGCUGUAUUUGGGGAUGCUGGAAAAGCUUCUGGUGAAAAACGGCAGUACAGGAUUCUUCGUCGGCAAAUCGAUUACCCUUGCUGACGUCACUGUGUUUGACAUCUGCGACAAGAUCCAAGCAAUGGUGGACUUUGACAAGUUCCCGCAGGUCAAGAAAUGCCGGGAAAGUGUAGCUUCUAACCCCAAAGUCAAGAAAUGGGUUGACACGAGGCCCGUCACAGAAAACUAGUUCAGUGACAUCAUAAAGAAACGUUUUGUUCAUAUAUUCAUUUGUUUUACACAAAUCGUUGAAUGAUUCCAACAUCUAACCUGGACGUCACUGUAUUGAUCCUGUUAUUGCAAACAAUUCACGUCCGUUUGUGAAAAGUACCCACUGUACUUAUAUAGUGCUGUGUGUUCUUAAGAGAAAGAUGAGUCAAUAUUUUCAUGAUUUUGUGUUCCUCAUGUGCUAGUAGUGUUGUUUACAAUGUUUACAAAUAAAGUUUUUCAAAAUU